AUGAUUGAGCAGAAUGCUACUCUUCUGGAGAACCUAUUCUCCGCCCCGGUCUGCAAUGGCUGGACUAAUAAUACCGAAGGAGCCCUUUACCAUCUGGGCAACGCGUUUUUGUUCCUGGGCUAUAUGGGUGGCAGCGGAGCCUACGGGUGUCUCUUUAUCUUCGGCUUUCUGACCCCUUCCUUCUUGUGCCUGAUUCUGUGGAGCUGGAUGACGAUAUGCGGCCCUGACGCGGUCACCUGGAACCUCCUGCUGCUUCUGGCCUGCCUGAUGCAGAUCUGCCACCUUCUUUACCGCUUGCACAAGGAGGGCCUGCCCAGCGAAGAGCUGACUGACCUCUACCAGGCUGUCUAUCUCCCGUUGGGCGUGCCUGUCCAGGUAUUCAAGGAGAUCUCUGGUGCCUUCGAGAACAAAGUGCUAGAGAUGAAAGCGGGUGAAACGUACGCAGUGGAGGGCAAGACGCCAAUCGACAGGCUCUCGUUUCUGCUGUCUGGCAGGAUCAACGUAUCUCUGGAGGGCCAAUUUCUGCACUACAUCCACCGACACCAGUUCCUCGACUCUCCCGAGUGGGAAUCUCUCAGGCCCAACGAGGACGGAAAGUUUCAGGUGACUUUGACGGCAGAAGAGGACUGUCGCUAUGUAUCUUGGCGUCGCCGCCGCCUAUUCUCACUCCUGUCCAAGGAUCGUUACGUCUGCCGCCUGUUCGCCGUCAUGCUGGGCUACGACAUCGCCGAAAAGCUGUACAACCUCAACAACAAGCUGUACAUCAAGAGCGGCGUCUUACUGGACAUCCGCCUGCCCAGCCUCUACCACGUGCUGGCCCCAUCGUCGCAGAGCGGCGAGGGCGAGGCCCCCGACGGAACCGAGCGGCCCCCCCACAGGGAGCCUGACAACCCAACUGGACGCACGUGGCCCUCGGACCCCGAGCUGCCCUCCGGUGAGGACUCCACCAGCCUGGUCCUGGAGGAUUUUGCCGAUGUGGCGGGCUCCUUAACCGACUAUGGCAGUGAGAGGGAUUAUUUGAGGUAG